GCUGCGGAAUUCCAAGCGCUUGCAAUAGCUGCAAGCUAGCUAGCUUGUGAGCUAGCCGCAAAACAGAGCAUCCGCACCGGCUUUUUGAACUGAGGAAGUCUCAGCAGGGCCGCUAAAUUGAUUUAUUUAUUGUCACCUGUCCACGGAGCUCAUCAGCCAAUCCUGGCUUAUCACCCGGAGCGAUGUAUCAAAUCCCUGUGAACGACUUGACCAAACUGAGGAAAGCCAGGAAACAGGUGAAAAUUGCACUCGAAGAUAUUGGACUGGAGUUCUGCAAGGAGGCGGUAAAUGAAUUCAAAGAUUUUAGUCCUGGUGAGGAAGUUUUCCAUGAGACCGUGCACACUGAUAUAUGUGGCUGGCAUCCUUCGUUCUCCAAAAUACAGAACUACCGAUCAAGGCCUUACUGCUGCAGAGAAUGUCGCUUUUCUUCCGCAACCUACGCGGGUUACAAGAAUCACUACCGCCAUGCGCACAAGAGAUUGAUUCAGGAUAAAGUUCUUCUUAACUGCUCGUACUGCACGUUUGUUGCAAACAAGAGAACAUUGGAGAUUCAUGUUAGAGUAUUCCACAAGGACAAAUUGGACCAGCAGAUAUCCAGGAUUAAUGCAGCCAAACAGAGACAAGUAGCCACAAACAAGUCUGGCCUCGGUGGUACGAGGUCUUUGUACUUCUGCAAAAAAUGCACCUAUCGUGACAGUCUCUACAAUGCCGUGAGAAGGCACAUCUACCGGGAACAUUUCAAGCACGUCGUCGCGCCGUAUCUGCGCAUCAUCCCCAAGUCGUCACUCCUUAACGGCGCUUCUUUUAACGGAGACAACAUUCUCUGCAAACGCUGCAAGUUUACAGCCAAAACCUACGAGUCGCUGGUGCAGCACGUCAUCGAGUACCAUGAGCGCAUAGGCGCUCAGGUAACCGCCAUGAUCGGCCACGCUAAUGUUGUCGUUUCCAGUCUGCCGAGCAUGUCCCAGAAGUCUUCGAUGAUUCUCAACGGGGGGUCCUCCCUCGCAGUUAACGCCAAAGCACAACCGGUGAUUGGCUACCUGAAGCCCACGGGCCCCGUGUGUAAAAGUCCGUCUUUGGGGGCGGCCAAACAGGUCAACGCAAAAGCCCCCUGCGGCACUGCCACCGCAGACGGCGGCAAUGUGCCUGCCGCCAACACAUCCCAGACCCAGAAAUGGAAGAUAUGCACAGUGUGCAACGAGCUCUUCCCCGAGACCCUCUACAGCGCUCAUUUUGAAAGUGCGCACAAGGCGAGGAUAGUGUGGGCCAUGGCCAAGUACAUCAUGAAAAUCCACAACUUCACCAGCAAGUGUUUGCUUUGCAACCGCUACUUGCCCAGUGAUACGCUGCUCAACCAUCUGCUAAUACACGGCAUCACGUGCCCACAGUGCCACUCUUCUUUCCACAGUGUUGAGAAACUCCUUGAGCACGAGCAGCAGGCCCACUUUAACGUUUUUGUAGGACCACCCGGGUCGGCGGCGCUAAUGUUCGAUCUCACCAUCAAACAAAACGUCCAGCUUCACGUUCUCACCUUUAACAUGAACGAAUCCGAGGCGAAAGAAAAGUCUGUCCGGAAAGUGGCCCCUUCCCUCGCCCAGACGCAAGUGCUUGAAGGUUCCUUCUGCACAAACAGGGAAGCGAUUGACACGAGCAAGACAGUGUGCCCGCUGUGUUGCACCCCUGUGAAAGAAUCGGUGGCAAAUCCGUUGGCCUUUCACCUCAGGCAGCGACAUCAGGUACUCCAAACGAUGCAUCCCGUUGAAAAGAAGAUGACCUACAAGUGCAUCCAUUGUUUGGGAGUGUACACGAGCAACAUGGUGGCUUCCACUAUAACGCUGCAUCUCGUCCAGUGCAGAGCGGUUGGAAGGAAGCAGGCCAGUCUUGGUGCCAAGUCGGCCCUGACGCUCAACUCGGCCGGAAUGCCCGUGCUCAAGAGGGUGCUGCCGACACGCGUGGCCACUUAUUCCAAGAAGAUCAAACUGAGCACAGACUCAACAUUUCCUUCCACCGCUAUAACGAAGACACGUAUCGGGGACCUCGCUGUGGAUCAGCGAAACAAUGAGCACAAGACAUUUGAGGCUCGCCAAAAGUUCCUACAGUCCUACUUCAAUCAGCGUCCUUAUCCUACCGCCGCCGAAGAGAAAAAAUUGUCCACGAGCCUCUGGAUAUGGAAAUCUCACAUAUGCAAGCACUUUGCGACCAUGCAGAGAGAAUGCAAAAGUGAAUGUGAGAAAUCAAACCUGGCUGUACUUCUCGGAUUUGACACGCAGGCCCUCGAGAAAGUCAAACACGACAUUGAUUUCCCCAGCGCCCAGAUUGAAAGCGCUUCGGGGGACAGGCCCGGUCGGCUCAAGUCUGGCGUUCCGAAUAUGGCCCGAAACAAGACCGUCGCCUCCUCUGCAAAGAACAUUUGCACAGAGCCCAUUCUAAUCGACUCGGAUAGCGAGCCAGAAAUCGAGCCAACUCCUGUUGCUAAGAGAAACGGUGACUCGAACCCGCGCAACAGUGAACCAGGCGACUCGACACAGACUGAAAAGCAGGCAGGCCACUCGGCGCAUCCAGCGGAGAAGGAGGCAGGUGACUCGGCACAGGCGGAGAAGGAGGCAGGUGACUCGAUGCUCCCCGAAGAGAAGCAGACAGGAGACUCCACACGCGCGGAAGACGAGGCAGAUAAAUCCACACACUCGGAAGAGAAGCACGCGGGUGACUCCACACAAACGUUAGAGAACUCGCAAGCCGACUCGACGGAAGAGGAGUCAGUAGCUACCUCGACAGAUACAGAAGAGAAGCAGCCGGUCGACUCGAAAGACACAGGAGAGAAGGAAGCGGUAACCGCGGAAGAGUCUUCAUGCACCAGUGAAAUAUCUUUGCAAGAAGAAAAUGCAAACGCAUGAAAGUGUGCCUUGAUCUUGUUGUUCGAAAGAUCUUUCUUUCCAUUGUUGUCUGAUGAAAUGCAUUUCCCACCAAAUUUGGUGGUUGCUAUUAUAUUUAAGAAUAAUCCAAUUAUUUGCUGUUUUGAUUACAAAACUGGAAAUGCAUGCUUUUAAUUAGACAACAAUUAAAAGAAGUGGCCCAAAAAUUCACAUCGUUCCAGGGUUUCAUUGUACUGUACAUACUUCCAUGUUGUUUAUUUGCCUCCCGUAGCCUGUUCACUUAUCGACUAGACGUGCUUUCAUUUCUCAGAGAGAUAUAUAUAUAUUUUGGAUCAAUGCUCUUAAACCUGUAUUCAAUUGCCAAUAUGAUGUAUAGUAGUUAUGUUCACAUUUUCAAUAAAACAUUUAUGAAUAAAAGUA